AUGUCGAGUCCCCACACUCUUCACUCGCCGGCGGGGCAUACCCAUCCGUUGGAACUAAACACCUCGGACCCUUAUCUCUCGGCGCCUUCCGAUCCUGAAGAGUCGGAAUUUCAGGCCAGCGCAAUCCGUUUGACUCCAGUCGGUGGUAGCCCAGGCCACAGCGUCUCGUCUCCACCUGAUGGGGCCGGCGCUGCCUCGGUCUCGGUCUCGGGUCACUCUGCUCAAGGCCAGGGUCAGGCUCAAGACUAUCUGUCCCCGCAGAAUAACCACUAUAUCAAUCCCAGCGCCUCUCUCUCCCCCAAUAAUGCCGAGUUUCUCGCUCCCUCCGAUAUUGAUCUUGCCAGUGGCAUUGGGACAUGGUCGAAUGGGGCCGCGGCUCCCUUUGGUGCGGCGGUAUCGCCAACAUCGACUCACCAACACCAACCCUGGACACCGAUCAUGGGGAUGAAUACCUCCUCGCAGUACCUCAACCCAGAAAUUACCAUCCCGAGUCCAGCUUCCGCAACGGAACAUUCUUCGGCCCAGAAUAAUGACUUCCAUAUCACCCCGGCGUCUUUUAUGAGCCCAACACAACCAGGCCUCGGCAUCUCGAACCAACCCUAUACACAGCCACGACUCUCCGUUUCCUCUGAGCACGCUCCAAGGCAAAAUAAUGCAUCACCCGCCGUCGGUAGAGGUCGGAGCCCAACUGUCACUGUGGAAUAUAUUCCUCGUGGUGAUUCCCCAACUCAAGAACCUAGUGGACACGUGCGACGUGCGAGCCGGUCGUCUGCUCACCUCUCCGUGAGUGGAAUUGGAGACGAUUCCAGCGAGGAGGGAUAUGAGAACGAUCAACAACCUAUCUCAUACACUCCUAUUGAACGAACAAACGGUCACCAUUGGCACGGUCUUGAUCCAUCGUCGCGAGGAAAUGACUACGUCCCAAGCCCGAAUGAUCUCAAAGGCGACCGAGAGCGCGAGCAGAGGAUCGAAGCCAUCAGUCGCUGGUCAGAGCGCGUGGGUAGUGAAGCCGGAGAUGACGAUUACCCUACUCUUCCCCGUCUCGAAGGAAAGAGCACGGGAGACCGUCCCCUUCAACAAGAAGACUAUUUCAACCUGAAAUUUGGCCCCACCGGUCAGGCUAUCCCCCCGCCUCGUCUCAUGCUGCAUGAAAGUAGCGAGGAUGAAUAUAGCGAGACGUCCAAAAGUACUGCCGACGCAGAAGAACCGGGCCGAUAUGACCGAUCAACACCAGAGGUAUACUCCUCCCUGGAGCAGAAAUCGCCGGUAGAAGGCGAAUCCCGUCUUUAUCCCUGGAACGACUAUCCAAAAGGUCCCAUUCGAACAGAGGCGAUGCAGCCCGACAGUUCGACGGCAGCCAUGGUCGCUUUUGAAAAGCGCACGAGAGAUUUGGAGACGGCUUCUCUCGCUGCGACUAUCGACAAUAACAGCAUUAUUAACUUUGGCGCGAAUUUCGAACGAAUGAGCAUUUAUGAUGGAGUGCCGAAGAAGCCAGAGAAGCGCAACAGCACUUUCUUGAAGCGCUCCUACCAACAGGCAUCUAAUAUGUUGAAGCGUCAGGCUUCGGAUCUUUCGCUUGCCGCGGUCAACUCUCACCACGCAAGCCCAGAGCCAACGCAGCGCAAGGACAGUGGCUCUCACCGACAUCGAUUGAGUCUGUCCACAAAACACUCACGAUCUCCAAGUUUGAGUAGCGCUCUCCUGUCCAUGUCAGGCCAGCUAGCUGCGGUCGGCGGCAGUAGUUCGGUUCAGGCCGCAUCUCCCAAUGCUGAGCCGAGCGCUGGCAGAAACAGUCUCCAGGGUCGGAAUAGUCUUCAAGGCCGGAGCAGUCUCCAGAUCAAGGCUCGCGGGCGAAGUAGGAGCGAAGUUCCCAGAGCCCCAACACCAGGACUCAUUGACUUGAUGACCACUCAUGGUGGGCCUCCCGUCGCUAGUAUUACCCGAUACCAACAGCAAGAGCUCAGCGCAGUGCCAACACCAACCAGUGCAGCACCGGAGCCCGAAAUGGCCGGUGGUGAAGAUGAAGACGACAUUGAUUUAGCCGAAGACAAGGGCCUGGUAAUGCAGUUCCCGCCCAUCACGCGUCUGCCGGUGCCCACGUUCGAAGGGUUCAAGGCGCAGAUCAUGCAAUUAAGCCCUGGCUUAGAGCCUGCUCUGAUUCAUCGAUUCGCACAUGCACAGGUUCAGCGGUACAAGACCCUUGUCGAGCUGCAGCAGAAGCAUUCCGCUGCAGUCGCCAAUCGAAACUGCAAAUCUGUCAAGUUCUGCAGCGCGCUUGGGGGUCAGCCGGUGCUGUUGCAGCAGCAGAUAUCGCUCGCUGAUGCUGAAGCUGGGCAGACUCAAUUCCGCAUCACGGAUUAUAGUCAGGGUGGCGAUCAACAAAAUGCCACAGGCGAAGGAGCCAUCGCUGCAGCGCAAUUUCCUCCAGGCGUUCCUCUCCCGCCCGUUGCUCGACUGCCGGCUCAGUUUGAGUGCCCGAUUUGCUUCCAAGUGAAAAAGUUCCAGAAACCCUCUGAUUGGACCAAGCACGUCCACGAGGAUGUGCAACCGUUCACGUGCAGUUUCCCUGAGUGCAUGGAGCCCAAGUCCUUCAAGCGGAAAGCAGACUGGGUUCGACAUGAGAGUGAGCGACAUCGGCAGCUUGAGUGGUGGACGUGCUCGUACCACGACUGCUCGCACAUCUGCUACCGCAAAAAUAACUUUGUCCAGCACCUAGUUCGCGAGCACAAGAUGCCCGAACCUCGGGCGAAGAAGACAAAGGGAUCGACGGCCACGGCAGAAGGAUCUGCAACUACGCAGCGGGAACAGGAGUUCUGGCAGAUAGUCGCUGACUGCAGGAAUGAGCCCGAGCAGACUCCAAGCAAGGAGCCCUGUCGCUUCUGUGGGAACGUUUGUAGCUCCUGGAAGAAGCUAACGGUCCACCUGGGGAAGCACAUGGAACAGCUAGCCAUGCCGGUUCUGGAACUAGCAAAACAAAGCUCGUCCACCCCUAGCCACAUCCAAAGCCAAGUCCAAGUCCCGAUGGUGGGCGGGUCUGCCGAGUCUCACCACGCACCUGCACCCUUCCAGAACCACCCACACCAAACAGAAGACCCUAGUGCAUCAGCACAACUAGCUCGGCAACAAUAUUCCACUAACGAUGUCGGCGGCCCAGCCAGCCACAACCACGCCUUCUUCAACUACUCCGACAUACCCAUGUCCAAUUAUCCGUCUAUCUCGGGCACCCAGUUAUCGAUGGAACCGGAAUCGAUCGACCUUCCCGGCGAUCAGUUCCCCAGCUACGGAGGCAUGGGGCAAUACCAUGACCAAGCCACGCUCCACCCACCGACCCAGACCCACCCCCUGCAUCAACAAUCGUCUUCCUCGUCAACGUAUCCACCGCCCUUCAACGCGGUUCCACGCGCCCGAACUCCCGAAACGAACCCUACAAUCGUGCAGGGCUCCUAUCGCUGA